AUCGACGGCGGUAACACUCCGAGUCCAGGAUUUGGCUCUCGUGCAAGUACGUCGUCAUCAUGAGCUGGCUUUUUGACCAGCUACAUGGUGUCAUAAUGUUCAUGAGCAUCGGGGCCCAGCAAUGGUUCUCUCAGACGAACGUGUUGAUGGAUAAUCUGUUCUCGAUGAAUGAGACCGCAUAGACGUUCAGUCCGAAUCCCCUUAAUAUGACACGUGCUAGAGGAGAUCCUGGUGAAUGCGAUGGUUGCGCUGAUAAGUUCAGGGGAAGCUAUGACGAUAGUGGAGGCAUCGGUUGCGCGAGAUCAGAUCGUGUGGGUAUAUCAGUGUACGGCUGGAUGUGGUAUAGCGGGGUUGGCUUGUAUAGUAAAGAAUAAGGAGAUGGGCGAUUUGGGAUUCUCAGCUAUCGUUAGGGCAACUAGGAACGAGGAUUUGGAUUGUGUUUCUGGUGAUGAGGAUGUGAAGGAUGACGCAGUUUUGCAAUAUGGGUCAAAGAGGAAGGAUGACCUAGGUCAUUUUCGCAUAUUUGAAUUAGCACAGUAGCAGCGGCACACAUGAUUCAUGAAAACACCCAGUGGAUG